GAUACAAUAAAAGCAAUUACGUAUUUUCUUGUUUUAAUAAGGACUGUAACUUGUAACUCGUUUAGUUAUUAACGAGUCUUAAAGGGCGUGAAUACAAGAUAAAUAAGCCCUUUCAAGACUUAUACGAUCUACAGCCUUAAUAUUUGUUUGAUAAAGUUAUUUUUAACAUGCCAGUUCUAAUAAAUUCGGAUCGAUUAAUAUUGAGCGACGUUUUUCUAUAUAAAAGUUAAAUCCCUUUUCAUAAGGAAAAGAUUUUAUUUAAUGUAUUCAGAAUAGUUAAUUAUUCUUAUAAAAUAGCAUUCUAUGUUAAUUUAUUACAGUACGAGUCAAAGAUCAGUUAAUAAUUAAAAUGUAAUAGGUCUUAACAGAACAUAAUUUUGAUAAAUAAUUGUCCUAGUGUUGUUCUGUUAGGUGUUGAUAAACCCUUAAACGGUUUCUCUCUACACUAGUGGUACCCCUUUUAUUCUUAAUUUACGCACAUAAGUUGCGAGCACAAGCAACAACAAAACUAUUUUUCAAGUCUUAUUUCAUUUUAUUGGGAAUGCAUGUGUAUUUUUAUAAUUAAUCCAUCUGAAUGUACCACUUUACAAAUAAACGAUCUAUUUGUUUAUUGCAGUUGGUUAACUAAAAUGUCAACAAAGCUUAAAUCGUUUUAAAAUACACAAGUAGCAAAAAAUACUUUUGUACAUCACUAUAAUUACCAGUUUGCUCUGAUGUUGAAAAUAAUCGCAUAAUAAUUCGUUAAGCAUUAGUCUGACUCAGAACUUGUCUUAACAUGUUCACAGUCAUUUUAUGGUUUAUAAUAUUCAUUUUCGCUAUCAUUAUAUGCAGUGCGUUAAGUAUUCUCAUUUACAAAAUUAUUUUUGAGCCAAAAGCUGGGAUAUGCGCUUGUCAAACAAGGCUCGAUGGAAAGAUUGUAAUUGUCACUGGAGGCAAUUCAGGAAUUGGUUUUGAAACAGCGAAGGAUCUGGCUAAACGUGGUGCAAAAGUUAUUAUUGCUGAUGUGCAAAAUUCUGAUAAAACCGUUGAUGAAAUAGUCAAAGCAACUGGCAACACAGAAGUAGAAUAUGCCAGAUUAGAUCUUGCUAGCUUUGCUAGUAUUAAAAUAUUCACAGAGGAUAUUAAAAGAAGAUACAACCACAUAGACAUAUUGGUGAAUAAUGCUGGGAUUGGUUCUAUAAACAAACAUUUUACUGAAGAUGGUAUUAAUACGGUAAUGCAGAUAAACUAUUUCGGGCCAUUUUUGCUAACUUUAAGGUUACUCGAUACCUUAGCAGCUUCCAAAUCUAGCCGGAUUGUAAUAGUAGCUUCAGCGGCACACUAUUAUGCUAAAUUUGAUAUAGAUGACAUCAUAGGAGUUAAGGAAACCAGCUUUUCAACGUUGUACGCCAACAGCAAACUCUGUAACGUUCUGUGGAUGAAGGCUUUAUCAAAAAGACUGCAUAAGAACAUUACUGUUAACUCGGUUCAUCCAGGAAUUGUGAAAACAAAAAUAUUUGACAAUUUCCUCCUGUCAAGUGUGAUAUUGUUCGUGAUUGAUAUCUUUUUCAAAUCGUCUGAGCAAGGCGCUCAAACCAGCAUACAUCUAUGUGCUUCAAGCAAAUUGGAGGGAUCGUCUGGCAAUCAUUACGCUGAUUGUAAAGUUAAAACGAUUUCACGGUAUGGAAGGGAUGAAGAAUUAGUAGAAAAAGUUUGGACAACAACGACGGCUUUGCUUGAAAAAUAUUUAUCGGAUUAACCGCAGGAAUUCGUUUAAAGAGUCUUGUCAAUUGAAAUCCGUGCGUGACUACUUAGUUUUUAUUAUAGUUUCUAACCAUAAUUGACUAUGGUUACAAAUAAAUUUUGAGUAUAAACAGGGAGAUCCGAACUUAAUAACAAUGCAUAA